UCCUCCCUUGCUAAAGAAGAGGAGAUCUGCUGUAUGGAGAAUGAAGCUCUGGGACUGAACAUUGUCGUGGAAGAUGAAGAUGAUGUUAUUGAAGAAACAGAGGAAGGACAUUUUAGAGAGGAAGAGGAUGCUGUCGCAAUAAAGGUGAAGGAGGAAGACGUCUUGGGAGUGAAAGGGGAGACAGAAUAUCAGAUUAACACCAGCCCUUUUCACACAGGAGAGAGACAUGACUAUGGUGGAUCCUCUGGGAAGAAGCCUCAACAACAUCCUGAUGCUGACGAGUCCGAGAAGAGUCUCUCCGGGUCAGAACACCAGAUGGACAACGCUAGCCCUUCGUCCCUCCCAGAGUCCAUGUGUCUUGCCUCUCCCGGUAGCACCUUACUGCUGGGUAUGAAGAGGUUGUCUGUGCUGCUGGUGGACUGCAGGAAAACAACAGAGCUGAGUGGAACUGUGAGAGGAGGAGAAGAGAAGAAAGGAUCAGAUUUGACUCAUCAAAGAGAAAAAACAAACCCUGAGGAACCAGGGACUUCCAAACCGGCAAGACAACACCUCUGCUCCCAGAUUGGAAAGAGUUUUACCAAGUUAGGAAGUCUGAAAAGACAUGUGAGGAAACACACAGCAGAGAAGCUACACCAUUGUGCCCAGUGUGGAAAGAGUUUUAACCACUUAGAAACAUGA